AUAUAGAGGCGACGCAACACUGUCUAGAUAACACCACGUCUGGUGAGGUUGUUGUCAACUACGACUAAAGCGUUCAGUGAAUUGCGUUUCUUCAAAAGUUAUUUUUAACAACUUCGGAACCGAGAAUUGUUUAUUGGAAAUGGAUUACGCCAUGAAGUCCCUCGGUCUGUUGUCUCCAGCUUCCCUCUCAAAAUACGUAACGGCCAGCAUGUCCGCCAGUGCGUCCAUGACCCAGCAGCUCCUGGCAGCGAAACCCCCUCCGCACAAGCCCUUCCGGGUCACUAGUGCAGACCGUAGCCUGAAGAAGGGUAUCAUGGCCAAUGAACUUCGAGACCUGAUCUGUAAGGUCAUGGACUCGCUGGGGGUGUCCUGUGUCAGUGGACUUGUGCUGGAUGAAGACGGCACCGGCGUGGAUACUGAGGAGUUUUUCCAGACCCUGCCGGAAAAUUCAGUCCUCAUGGUUCUGGAGAAGGGACAAAGUUGGGCUCCAACUCCGUCAAGGCUUUACAUCGACACCAGUGACCAGCCCAGGAAAGAUGUGGCCAAGAUCACCUUUGACCUCUACAAAAACAACCCCAAAGACUUCAUUGGGUGCCUGAGCGUGAAGGCGACCCUGUACGGUGUUUACUCCGUGACCUACGACCUGCGGUGCCACGCUGCCAAAAGGAUGCUCAAGGAGGCCCUGCGCUGGACCCUGUUCUCCAUGCAGGCCACGGGCCACGUCCUGCUGGGCUCCUCCUUCUACAUGGAGCAGCUCCUGGAGGAGGACGAGCACGCUGAGAGGAGGCUGCUGGCCCUGCCGCAGGCGAGCAGGGUCAGGCAGCUGCAGGGCCUGCUGCUGGGCAAGGCCCUCUAGAGAGAGAGAG